AUGGGUUAUUUAAUGCCGACAAAAUUUUUCAUUGCUGAUAAUAUUUUUUUAUCUAUCUAUCUAUCUAUCUAUCUAUCUAUCUCAAUUUUUAUUGCUGAUAAUAUUUUUUAUCUAUCUAUCUAUCUAUCUAUCUAUCUAUCUAUCUAUCUAUCUCAUUUGCAUGUAUCCCUCCGGCCAUCUCUCUGCCACCAGCCAAUUGUUACACAUGAAAGCCCUCUCGUUUAUGUGCCAGAAAUUUCAUAUUUCCUUUGCCUUCCUUUUCUCUUUCAUUUCAUCCUUAGCGGUUCUCUCUGUCUCUUGUGUCUCUCUUCUCUCUUCGGCGACGCGUCUCCGUCUCUUCUGCUUCUCUGCCCUCUUCUGAGACUCGUCUCCGUCUUCUGCCUCUCCACUCUCUUCUACAAGUCGUCUCCAUCUCUUCUGCCUCUCUCUUCUCUCUUCCGCGACGCGUCUCCGUCUUUUCUGCCCUGCUUCUCACUUCUGCGACUCGUUUCCGUCUCUUCUCUCUCUCUCUUCUCUCUUCUGCGACUCCUCCGUCUUCUGCCCCUUUUUCUCUCUUCUGUGACUCGUUUCUGUCUCUUCUGUCCCUCUUCUCUAUUCUGCGACUCGUCUUGUUCUCUCGUCUCUCUCUUCUCUCUUCUGCAAAUCGACUCCGUCUCUUCUGCCCCGCUUCUCUAUUCAGCGACUCGUCUCCGUCUCUUCUGCCCCUCUUCUCUAUUCUGCGACUCGUCUCCGCCUCUUCUGUCACUCUUCUCUAUUCUGCGACUCGUCUUCGUCUCUUCUCUAUCACUCUCUUCUCUCUUUUGCGACACGUCUCCGUCUUUUCUGCCCGUCUUCUGUCUUUUGCGACUCGUCUCCGUUUCUCCUGCCCCUCUUUUCUCUUCUGCAACUCGUCUCCGUCUCUUCUGCCCCUCUUCUCUCUUCUACGACUCGUCUCCGUCUCUUCUGCCCCUCUUCUCUCUUCUACGACUCGUCUCCGUCUCUUCUGCCCCUCUUCUCCCUUCUGCAACUCGUUUGCCCCUCUUCUGCCCCUCUUCUCUAUUCUGCGACUCGUCUCCGCAUCUUCUGUCACUCUUCUCUCUUCUGCAACCCGUCUCGGUCUCUUCUGUCACUCUUCUCUAUUCUGCGACUCGUCUUCGUCUCUUCUCUAUCACUCUCUUCUCUCUUUUGCGACACGUCUCCGUCUUUUCUGCCCGUCUUCUGUCUUUUGCGACUCGUCUCCGUUUCUCCUGCCCCUCUUUUCUCUUCUGCAACCCGUCUCGGUCUCUUCUGUCACUCUUCUCUAUUCUGCGACUCGUCUUCGUCUCCUCUCUAUCUCUCUUAUCUCUUUUGCGACACGUCUCCGUCUUUUCUGCCCGUCUUCUCUCUUUUGCUACUCGUUUCCGUCUCUUCUGCCCCUCUUCUCUCUUCUACGACUCGUCUCCGUCUCUUCUGCCCCUCUUCUCUCGUCUGCGACUCGUCUCAGUCUCUUCUGUCCUGCUUCUCACUUCUGCGACUUGUUUCCAUCUCAUCUCUCUCUCUCUCUCUCUCUCUCUCUCUCUCUCUCUCUCUCUCUUCUCUUUUCUGCGACUCGUCUCCGUCUUCUACAUUUCUUCUCUCUUCUGCGACUUGUCUCCGUCUCUUCUGCAUCUCUUCUUUCUUCUGCAAAUCAUCUCCGUCUCUUCAGUCCCUUUUCUCUCUUCUAUGACUCGUCAUUGUCUCUUCUUUAUCUCUUCUCUAUACUGCGAUACGUCUCCGUUUCUUCUGUCCGUAUUCUAUCUACUGCGACUCGUCUCCGUCUCUUCUGCCCCUCUUCUCUCUUCUGUGACUCGUCUCCGUCUCUUCUGUCCCUUUUCUCUCUUCUCUCUUCUAUGGCUCGUCAUUGUCUCUUCUCUAUCUAUUCUCUCUUCUGCGUUACGUCUCCGUCUCUUCUGCCCCUCCUCUUAUCUAGUCCGCGACUCGUCUCCGUCUCUUCUGUCUCUCUUCUCUCUUCUCCGACACGUUUCCGUCUCUUCUGCCCGUCUUCUAUCUUCUGCGUCUCCUCUCCGUCUCUUCUGCUCCUCUUCUCUCUUCUGUGACUUGUCUCCGUCUCUUCUGCCAUUCUUCUCUCUUCUGUGA